AUGACUUCAAUAUUGUUAAAUAUACUAACUUUAAUCAUUCUUCUUCAAGGGGCAUUGACAGAAUCUUUUGCUAGAGUCACAAGUUUGGAAUGUGAGGCUAUAGAUACAAAAUUUGGUUAUUUUGAGACAUGUGGCUCUAAAUUGACCAGUGAUGGUAUCAAGGAAUUCAAUGUGAUUUUAAGACUUCUACAGCUGCCCGUAACAAAUUGUCACAUACAAUUGGAAGUAAAUGUUUUAUCGUCCAUUAAGAUACCCUUAACAUUUAACGCCACCUAUGAUAUUUGUGAAUUUAUGGAAAAUUAUGCCAAAAAUCGGAUUUUAGAGCGUUUCUAUAAGGCCAUAGUGCGCUUUAUUAAUACAAAUCACACCUGUCCUUAUAAUGUAAGUUGUCUUAUAGAUUGA